GUGUUGACAUGAAUAUCCCAUACAGACAAAAGGACUACUUUUAAAUCCUAAUUUAAUAUGAAGAAACCUGUUCAUUGGGGUGCACGUGGAAAGAAACAAAAAUGCAGUCAAUGCGGGUGCCCAGGGCACAACAAAUUGAGAUGCAGCAAUGUCGGAGCUCCUCGUACACAGCAAGCAGCAUCAAACAAGAAGGGGCAGAAACGAGGCAAAUUUCCAAAAAUCAACAAUGAGAUCUGCCUAGAAGUGCCCCUGCCACAUGCAACAACUACCCAACCUUCAAAGAGGGAACUCCGCUUAUGCCACUGCUCUGUUGUACUGAAUUGCAACAGACCUGGACGAGACAGCCAACCAUCACAUCCUCCAACUUCAGUUUUGCCUUCGUCACGUUCUUCAACUUCAGUUCAGCCCUCGUCAUGCCCUUCAACUUCAGUUCUGCCCUCAUCACACCCUUCAACUUCAGUUUUACCCUCAUCACACUCUUCAACUUCAGUUCUGCCCUCAUCACAUCCUUCAACUUCAGUUCAGCCCUCAUCACUCCUUUCAACUUCCGUCAUGCCCUCAUCAAUCUCCUCAACUCCAGUUCUGCUGUUAUCACACCCCUCAACUUCACUUCAACCUGCUUCAUUUACUCGUGCUUAUGGACAAGAACCACCAGUAUCUUUCUUUUCAUCAACGUCUUCUGUACCACAUUGCUCACCAUCUCACUCACCACAUUCAAAAAUAAUGUCAUCAGCAUCACCAACAUUGCCCCUUCAGGAUCCAGUAACACAUGAGUGCAACGCUGCGAACAACAAUACUGAGGACGUCAUCGACGAUGAGAUGGAUGAUAUAGAUGUUAAGGAUGAAUCAUUCUCUUAUGAUGAUAAGGCACCUGAGCCCUGCAACUCUGGCUCUGCUUGUCAUCCAUCUCCCCAACCACCUCCACCCCCUUCAUCUCCAUUUCCACCACCACCUCCACCUCUCGAAUGUUGGAGACCAUGCAAGACAGAAGCCCAAGAUUCGAACCCUGGUGCUCAGCUAGUCUCGUCAAUCAUCGCCGUUGAACCUGAAAAUUUGUCAGAUCAUGUCCCUCUGAACGUGCUGGGAGUAGGGAAGACAUCUGCUCAUAGUACAUUCAAGGCAGACUCUGUCCCUCUGAACGUGCUGGCUGAUAUGGAGACAACUUUUUCCUCCGGAUCCAGCAAAAAACCUCCUGUUGGGCUGAACGAGGCAAUGUGGCAAGAAGUUCCUUUAAGUAAUGUAACUAUCAUAUCAUCGGCGAACAAUCAGGCUGCCUGGCCGCAUCUUGGACGGGCGCCCUCGCGUGCAGAUGAACUUCAAAUAGCUUCCUCAGCUGCCGUCAAGACCAGUAUGCAAUGUAACCGCGUCGAGGUGCAAGAGCUCUCGCCAGCUCCUAAAACUUCUAAACGGUGCAGCGAAGAGACAUGCAGGUCUUCCAAAGUCCGCAGUUUCCACCAGUUUCCUGGAUUUAGUAGCCCGACAAAAACUACCGCAGUUCUUGGUCGGAAAUUUGAAGAUGAUUUAAAGUGUUUCAAGCAAAAUUUAGGAUCGCAUUUAACCUACGGGCUCAAGAAACUGGUUCUACAAAUGAAGACUCGAAAGCUCUUGAACCUUGCACGUAAGAGACCAAACUCCAAUGGACCUUCGCCAAAGCGUUCUCGCAUGGAGGAGGGAGCUGAUUGCGUUCCCUGUGAGGCAAGGCCUGCUCGUCAUUGCAGCCCUGAAAAACUUGCUCAAAAUCGACAGCAGGCAACGGUAUGCCUCGUUCCAUCCUGCAGCAUCCUGACUCGCCAAAUUCAGCAGCACUACCAAGAGCAUCACGAGUUGACGGUGGUCUGUGCCGAGCAGCUAACCAAGCUUGGCAAGGACUUCGAGGAGCUUGAUAAGUCUGCUGAGCACACGCCUAUCUUAACCCCAGAGGAGAUACAUGCAGAGCUUAGAAAUAUACUGACCGAAGUGAUGGCCAUUGACCAGACGGCUAUCACGGCCCUCACGGGGCAACUGAGAACGUACGUUGAUCUCACAAGAGAACUUUCAGUCAAAAAAGCCUCAUCAAACAGAGACAGCAGGAAGGACUUAUGUGAGCUUGUUGAUGAACCGUUUUUUGAAAAUCAAUCGAGUGCUAAAGGCCUAAGGCCCCGUGAAUCAAACCUUAAAAGAUACGUUGCUUUGUGCCCUCUUUGCGAGGUUCCCUUUGUGUCGACCUAUAUGACGAAACACUUCAGAAGAGGUCACCAAAUAAAAAAUCUUGCUCUAAUUGCUCGCUUUUCUGCUGUCGCCCAAUCCCAAGAAAAGCUGAUUUUACUAACGCGGGUGCCCAAUUUGCCUUUUCGGACAGCGGACUGUGUGAGAGAGGAAGACUUGGCUCUGCUUAGGAAUGAAAGUAAGUUAGUGUCGGCCACAUGGCGGCCUGCGAAUACUCGGCGAGAAUAAUGUCCGAAACAAAGCUCAGAAGUUGGACCUGUUAGACAAGAAUCAUAAUGUAAGAAACCAAACUGAGAAUUACGGAGAGAACUGAAACAAAGGAACGAGUGAUACGUUAGCAUUCCUACAGGGGCGCACAAUAUUUCUAACGCAACGUUGUUAAUUAACCUUUGUAUUACGAAAGGAAAUUAUGAAACUAAUUUUUGUACAGGACUCUGUAUUUUUUUAAUGGAAAACGAUUGGUUUUGUUUUCUGAUCCACGCAGUCAAUCCCCAACUCCUCUAGUAUCCUUGUUGCCGAUCGACCCACUCCUGUAGUAUCCUACCUGCCAAUCCCCAUAUGCCUCUAGUAUCCUGGCAAAUACGUAUCAAUAAGAAAGGACUUUUUGGUUUCCGUUGAGUAUAUGAGUAAUUAGUUUUAUGGGUAAUAAUCAUUGUUUGCUUAUGUACACAUUUUGUCUAAAUAAUCCGGCGCCACGCAGCAGCUAUGUCAUAUUGCUGUCAAUCUUUGAGUGCUUCUCAUUCACUUAGCUGUUUUUCAAAAAAAUUAUAUAAGGACUUACUUACAUUAUGUAAGUAGUUUUUAUGAGUAUAAGAACUAAACUAACUAAAGGAAGUUAGUUUAGUACUAAGUUCUAAAAAGAUAAGUACUAAAGUACUAGUACUAAAGUAAGAAAGGACUAAACUACUUAAGUUGUUAGAUAAGUCGAUUAUAAUUAGUUUACUGGAGCUAGUCAAUCCUUAUGGAAAUGUCAUUAAGUAUGCCUAGCAUUAAAAAAGGAAUCUUAGUUAACUAUCAAUAGGACAGAACUUCGUAUGUUUUUGAAAACAAAUGAGGAAUUCGUUUUAUGGUUAAUAAAAGUUACUCGCUUAUAUGAA